AUGUAUAAGUCACCUCGUUUCGAAUCGUUAAAUAAAAUGCCCCAAGGAACAUCAUCGUCGUCGUUUUCUAUUCCGUCAACAAUGCUGAAAUCUCAACGAACAGUCAGUACUGAUCACGCACCUCCACCAUUGUCAGAUCAUCUACAAACAACAUUAGGCAGUGAUCGUGUUGUACCGGCCAUGACAUCUAAUAAUCGUCAACAAACUCAAAGACGUCAAAUUCAGAAUACUAUUAAUGCACCAUCACCUAAUAAUUGGACUAAUUCGACAAUGGAAUAUAAUGUGCCAACAGCUGUUCAUCCGUCAUUACCAUCACAGAAACGAAAACGACACGACAUACGUGAAACGAAAUUUGUUGGUUCACAAGAUAAUUCACUCCGUGUGAUAACAACAUCAAUCCAAGGUAUGAAAUAUUGGUCACAACAAAAAUUUAGUUUUCCGAUUAUAUUUGAAAUUUAUGGUACACUUGCAUCUCAGGUGACAAAUAUUAAAGAUAAUCUCUAUAUUAAAGAAUUUUAUUUGCAAGAUAAAGCCGAUCGAAUACGGUGUCUAUUUGCCGAAAUGGAUCGAUCAUUUGUACCAGCUGGAAGAGAUUUACAAAUAAGAAUAAUAUGUCGUUUUGAACAGAAAAAGCACGGACCAUUAGCUCGCUGUAUAUCUGUUCGUUUGGCACACGAUAAUGAAGUAGUUGAAUCAUUAAAAUUAAAAAAUAUAUGUCAAUUAAAAUUAAAAGAAGAACUUGUAACAGCAACGGCUAUCGAACAACAACAAAAUAGCAGUUCUCGACCAUCAAAAAGUUUAUAUCGUGUAGACAAAUAA